CUAGAUCCCGAGGUCCAGACCCUUUCGACCCUGACAAACGUGCAAAACUCCCUGUUCGUGCCUGAUCUUGGCCCUUGGAUCAACCGCCGCCCCACCUACGUCCUGUCCCAGCGUGAGGCUGCACCGACGGGGCGACGAGGCCGGGCUGCUACCGUUGCUGCUGAGCGCCAGGAGGAGGAGCUGCCCGAGCCGAUCGAGGAGCUGCCCAGGUUCGAGACGGGCGCGGAGACGCCCAGGAGCGAGGGUGUGCCGGCGACGCUGCGGCGAACCGACACAAUCACCUCGCGGCUCACAGACUCGCACUACGCGGCGCUGCCGCACGGCAUCAGCCUCGAGGGCUGGACCGAGGAGGAGAAGAUGGAGCUGGACGACCGCGUGCGCCACAUGCUGCACUCCAAGCGGUCGCGCUUCAAGCGCACCAUGAAGGGCUUUGGCCAGUACGUGCGGCGGCCGCUGGGCUUCUUCGUCACGCUCUACGCCGUCCUCAUCACCCUCUUUGGCCUGGCCUGGGUGCUGUUCCUCAUCGGCUGGAUCUACGUCGGCGACAAGCAGGUGUACACCAUCCACAUCAUCGACAGCGUGCUGGUGGCCCUGUUCGCCGUCAUGGGCGACGGCCUGGCCCCCUUCCGAGCCAUUGACACAUACCACAUGUCCUUUGUCAUUCACUACUCGCGCAAGAUUGAAAAGGCCAAGAAGAAGAAGCUCAAGGAGAAGGAGGAGGCCAUUGCGCAGGCAGCGGCAGAGGGCAGCAAUGGAGACGUCGAGGCCGCCAAGCUCGACAUUGAGUACGACGAGGACUCUCCGCUCACGUUCAAGCAGUGGAAGCGCAUGCGGCACCACCAGAAGAAGCUGGCCAAGUCUCACAGCUUCUACAAGCCCGACGAGACCUUUACGCACUUUGCCUUUCCCUUGCCCUACCUGAUUGCCAUUGUGAUCCUGCUGGACUGCCACUCGUGCCUGCAAAUCUCGCUGGGUGCCACCACCUGGGGCAUCGACUACCACCACCGACCCUUUGCCAUCACCACCGUCAUCCUCUGCGUCAGUAUCGCGUGCAACAUCUCCGCCGGCCUCACCAUCAUGAUUGGCGAUCGCAAGACGCGAAAGAAGGAUGUGUGGAAGCUGUUGACGCGACAGGAGCUGACGGGCGAUGCCAUCAAGCAUCUCGAGACCAAGCGUGCCAAGGAGCAGAGCCACAGCCACGAA